UCACCGUCGCCCACACCUCACCGUGUCACUGUCGCCAUCAUUACCAUUGCAUCGCGGAGUUUCUUCGUGGAAACUGAUCUAGUCACUCGCCUCCAGACUACAAGCUCUUUCGUAGGGCCCCACUCCUCGCGAUGACGGACAAGCUUCCUCACAACCUUCUCGCGCUCUUCGCCCCGCGCCCGGCGCUGCGCUACCUCAAUCCCAUCGACCAUGCUCCCGAACAUCGUAUUACCAAUAGGCUCGGCGGCGUUGGCCAGUAUAUGGACGCCUUUCGAGAGUACAAGGACACGGACGGAUUCGUGGACUCGGGAGAGUGCUGGCUUCAGAAGAAAGACAGGGAAAAGCUCGAGAAGAGAGCUAAGCAGAAGCUCCUUGCCGAUGAAGGUAUUAAAGAGUACAAGCCUGUCAGUGACCCCAAUAUUCGCGGCGAUGCUUUCAAGACGCUGUUCGUUGCACGCUUGAACUAUGACGCUACCGAGAAGGAUCUUGAAUCUGAGUUUGGACGGUUCGGUCCGAUCGAGAGAAUUCGCAUCGUCAAGAACCCCAACGAGAAGAAAGAAAAGAAGAAGCAUAGGGGCUAUGCAUUUGUUGUCUAUGAACGCGAGAAGGACAUGAAAGCUGCUUACAAGGAGACUGAUGGUAUUCGUAUCAAAGACCGCAAAGUUCUAGUCGACGUCGAACGCGGCCGCACCGUGCAGGGCUGGCGACCUCGUCGCUAUGGUGGAGGUCUUGGAGGACGACACUACACCAAGGGACCACCAGCCCGACCAGCUGGUGCAGUUGCUGCCGGACCACCAUCUGGACCUGGAGGCUUCCGUGGUGGUGGGUUUGGUGGAGGAGGAUUCCGUGGCGGCCGUGGAGGUGGCGACCGCGGCUUCAGGGGAGGCUUUGGUGGAGGAGAUCGUGGCUUCCGAGGCGGCGGAUUCGGAGGUGACAGAGGUGGGUAUGGAGGACGAGGUGGUAUUGGCUACCAGUCGAACGGCUUCGGCGGCUCAGGAGCACCACCGGACGGCGCACCCUCUGGCCCUCGUGGAGGAGGACGAAGCGGCGGUUUCUCAGGAGGCCACGGAGGCCGUUCGUUUGACACCAACGGCGGAGGAUACGGUGGACGCUCCUACGACGAUAAAGGGGGAUUCCGUGACCGCGGACCGAGUGGCAGCAACAGCGAACCUGUUCGAGAGCGGGGACCACGAGACCGCGACGCUGGCCGAGACCGCGACCGAGGCGAUCGAGGCAGCGGGUACAGAGACCGCGACCGAGAGAGUGGUGGGUAUGGCCGAGAUGACUAUUCCAGGAAGCGGGCAUACGACGGCGACAACGAUGAAUCCCGAAGCAAACGAAGAUACUGAGCGUCUCGAUUCAGCUGAGCAGCGAAUGGGUUUGUCUCAAAGGGUAUAUUCUGUUCUCUCCGCCUUCAACUUUCUUCCCUUUCGUCACCAAGGGGUAAGCGGUAAGCACAACUGCAUGCUCAACUUCAAGAACCGCUCUCGCCAUCCACUUUCGACUCUUUUUUUCUCCUUUUGACUGGUAGACGACGCUAUCUGGGGCGACCCAACGAGGUAUCACAC